AUGGCUGCGGCCGGGCUGCGACGGGGCCCUGGGAGCGCCCCGGCCGCUGGAGCGCUGCGGCUGGUCCUGCUUCUCGGAGCCGCGCUGGGGCCUGUCCGGGCCGCAGUGUAUUUCCAGGAGCAGUUUCUGGACGGAGCCAACUGGCACAAGAGGUGGAUGAAUUCUGAGUACAAGCCAGACUUGGGGAAGUUUAAACUCACAGCUGGGAAGUUUUAUGGAGAUCCAGUGCGUGAUAAAGGUCUACAAACUAGUGAAAAUUCUAAAUUUUAUGCUAUCUCCUCACGAUUUAAACCAUUUAGUAACAAAGGGAAGACUCUGAUCAUUCAGUAUACUGUGAAACAUGAGCAGAAGAUAGAUUGUGGUGGAGGAUAUGUUAAAAUUUUUUCCUCAAACUUGGAUCAGAAGAACCUGAGUGGAGAUUCACAUUAUUACAUCAUGUUUGGGCCAGAUAUUUGUGGAUCUGAGACAAAGAAGGUCCAUGUUAUUUUGAAUUACAAGAAUAAACCUCAUCCAAUCAAGAAACCAAUCAGAUGCAAGGUUGAUGGAUAUACACAUUUGUAUACUUUGAUUAUAAGGCCAGAUCAGACUUACAAAGUAAAAAUUGAUAAUGAAGUGGUUGCAUCUGGCAAUUUAGAAGAUGAUUUAGAUUUUUUGCAACCAAGGAAAAUAAAUGAUCCAAGAGUGAAGAAACCUAGUGACUGGGAUGAUAGAGUUCAAAUUGAUGAUCCAAAUGACGUCAAACCUGCGGAUUGGGAUGAACCCGAAUACAUUACAGACACCAGUGCUCGGAAACCUGAAGAUUGGGAUGAUUCUGUGAAUGGAGAAUGGCACCAUCCUAUGGUCAAGAAUCCUCUAUACAGAGGUGAAUGGAAACCAAGGCAGAUUGAUAACCCAAAUUAUAGAGGAGUUUGGCCCCAUCCACAGAUUGACAAUCCAAAUUAUUCACCAGACUUCAGUAUUUACAGCUAUGAAAAUAUUAGCAUCAUUGGACUAGAUAUCUGGCAGGUGAGAGCUGGCACAAUUUUUGACAACUUUUUGAUAACUGAUGAUGAAGAAUAUGCAGAGGACUUUGGAGAUGAAACCUGGGGAGAAACAAAGGGUCCUGAGAAGGAAAUGAACAUAAAACAGACUGAGGAAGAGCAGCAGAGAGAAAGGGCCACAGAAGAAAAAUACUUGGAGGAAAGGUUUAAGAAGGUAGAGAGAGAAAAAGAAUCUAGAAGGGAUAGAUCAGUGAGGCAUGCUAUCAAGAAAGAAGACCUUUAAUCAUUAUUUAAAAGAAGUUCAAAGACAGUUUUUCAUUUCAAUCUCUAUUUUAUAAAUAUUUUGAUGCUAACAGCUUCUUGAAGUCUGCACUGAUAAAGAUGUAUUAA